GGCCUCUCCGUUCCGGGGGCCCCCGAGGCAUCCCUGGCUGAUUUAUUGGACCAUUCCUGCACAUCUGGAAGUGGUUCUGGACUUCCUUUCUUGGUGCAAAGAACGGUGGCUCGCCAGAUCACACUUGUAGAGUGCGUAGGAAAGGGUCGUUAUGGAGAAGUUUGGAGGGGUCAGUGGCAAGGAGAAAAUGUUGCUGUGAAGAUCUUCUCUUCUAGGGAUGAAAAAUCCUGGUUCAGGGAAACGGAGUUGUACAACACUGUAUUGCUGCGGCAUGAAAAUAUUUUAGGUUUUAUUGCAUCUGAUAUGACUUCCAGAAACUCUAGUACCCAGUUGUGGUUAAUCACCCACUACCAUGAAAUGGGGUCUCUGUACGACUACCUGCAGCUCACUACCCUGGACACCGUCAGCUGCCUACGCAUCGUCCUCUCCAUAGCUAGUGGUCUUGCGCAUUUGCACAUAGAGAUAUUCGGCACCCAGGGGAAGCCGGCCAUUUCUCAUCGGGACUUGAAGAGCAAAAAUAUCCUCGUGAAGAAGAACGGACAGUGCUGCAUAGCGGACUUGGGUGAGUUUGAUCUCCGCGGUGCAGGCCUGCAGAAAUCACACGUGUCGGGUAACUCGAACCGUAACAAUGAAGUGACCUUAAAGUAA